AGGAUAAUUUCUAUUUUUUUACAAUUCACAUCGAAGGCUGCACCCGAAGGCACAAAAGUGAUGCACGUAACCGGUAACCUUGCGUUAGAUCGACAUUUGGUGGUGCUAAGUAUUGUCUGUGUGAUCAUUAUUUGAGUAAUCAGGUUUUAAAAGGUCAAGCAAGGCAUCUAACGGUUAUAUCGAGUUUUCGUAAUAUACACAUAGGAACAGUGCAUAUGAACCUUAGGGUAAAACGUUAUGCAAAAGUAGGAAUAUUCCAGCCAUCACCUACUGAGGCACGGGUCAGAAAACGUUCUGAUAUUCCAGAUUCCGUCCCAACAUCUGCUUGAAUGUCAGGUCGAAUACUGUGUCAGAGGUCACGUCAACAUGGCGUCAGGUGGAAGUUCUUGCGACUCGUCCGGAGAAAAAACCGCCAAACUGGACAUGUCUCACGGGUUCGUGCACCACAUACGGCGGAACCAGAAAUCUAGGGAUAACUAUGACAAAGAGCAGAAGGCCAAGCAGGGUCAGAGGAAGCCUCGUCAUACCCAGGCCUCAGUGCGUCCCAAGAAGCCUGACCAGAUGGUGUACAGGCCACGAGCCAAACGGGACACCCACACAGACUCGCAGAAAACCAGCACAUCAGAUGACUUACCCAGGAGGAAAGCACUGUUCCGGUUGGAGUAUGAAGCUAAGAAUGGAGAUGUAACAGACAUCAUUAUCUAUGAGGAGGAUGACCCCAGAUUAGUAGCAGAAAGGUUUGGAACACAGUUGGGACUAUCAAAUGAAUUGAAAGAUGCCCUCUAUAUUCAUUUAGUAGAUGAGAUAAAGAAAUCCAAGCAUCUGCUGGCAGAUAAGAAAUAACAUAUGAGCAGAUAUAUUCUGAUGGCAGUUUGUUCAUGCCAUAACCUGUAUGUUGGCCACUGAGAUACUGUGAGAGGAAUGCAGAAGGGCCAUUAGGCCACCAAACUUUGUACACAUGGGCCAUUGGGCCACACAGGGAAGUGGGUCUGUCACUGAAAUGUGUGCACACGGGCCUUUGGGUCAUCAAAAUGUGUGCACGUGAGCCAUUGGGUUGGCAAAAUGUGGGUACAUAUGGGCCAUUGGGUCACCAAAAUGUGUGCACAAUGUGACAUAGGCCAUUACCCGCCAAAAUGUGUAUACAUCGGCCAUAUCCUUGGA